CAAAAACAAGCAAAUUAACAACAAAAGCUCUCUCCAUGGUAUUACCCAAAGUUAAUCUUGCACAAUCUGCCCACAAGGCCCUGCCAGGCUCGGCCAACCUAGCAAACCUGCUUCCAACAGGCACCGUCUUCGCCUUCCAAGCCAUUGUACCUUCCUUCUCCAACAAUGGAAGAUGCGAAGCGGCUCACAAGUACAUGACCUUGGGUGUCAUCAUACUGUGUUCCCUUGCUUGCUUCUUAUCUUCCUUCACUGACAGCUUCGUGGGCGAAGAUGGCAAGCUUUACUACGGUAUUGCCACUUACAAUGGACUUUACGUUUUCAACGAUGAUAACGAUGAUGCUCUCGACUUGGAGAAAGAUUCCGCCAACGAAAUGUUGAAGAAGUACAGACUCACUGCCAAAGACUUCGUUCAUGCCUGUUGCUCCUUGACUUUGUUCUUAGUCAUCGCAUGCAGCAGCUUCGACGUUCAACGUUGUUACUUUCCUAAUCCGGGGCCUAACGGUGAUGCACUGAUGACAAACUUGCCAUUAGCAGCUGGGAUUUUGGCUAGUGGGUUGUUCAUGCUUUUCCCAACCAAACGAAGAGGGAUUGGGUACGCUGACAGGCUUGAAUCUGACCAUGGCGAUAAAAAGGAAGAGAAAGAGUCCCUGAAGAAAGGUGACAAGGAGCUACUGCCUCGCAGCAAAACUACACCUAACUAAUUAAUAUAUGAUUCAUACUUAAAGGUUGCUUGGGUUUGAUCAGCUCAGAUAAUUCAGUAAGAAUCGAUGGACAAUAAGUUGAACUUAAUUGCCUAAUAUUCUCUUCUCCUCACGUGUGAAUUGUAAUUAAUUAUGAACAGAUUCUGAUGAAAAGCAAUACUAUUUCAUAGCUAGGGUUUGAAGGGAAA